UCGAGAGUCAUUUCUCCAGCACAAACACGACUCGAUUGGAUACCUUAGGGCUCCGGAAGCUUAACAGACAUGUCAGAAGCUACUACGGGCACCGCGACACCCUCCUCGGUGGCGCCCUCUGACGAAAAGGGCCCAUCAAAGCGCGCGCUCGAGAAAGCAGCGAAGAAAGCGGCCGCCAAAGCUAAGAAGGCAGAACUAGCGCUCCGACCAAAGGAGAACAACAACUCGAAAGCAGCAAAUGCAGAGCCCGCCAGCGUCUUCUCCGAGGGCUGGCUAAAGCGUGUCUACGACCAGAAAAAGGUCAAAGACGUCCGAUCGCGAUUCCCGCCCGAGCCGAACGGAUACCUGCACAUCGGCCAUUGCAAGGCUAUCGCCGUCAAUUUCGGUUUCGCUCGAUAUCACAAGGGCGUUUGCUUCCUUAGAUAUGACGAUACGAACCCAGAGAAAGAAGAGGAGGUAUACUUUACAAGUAUAUUGGAUAUCAUCAAGUGGCUAGGCUUCGAGCCGUACAAGGUCACCUACAGCAGCGACAACUUCGAUCGUCUGUACGAGCUGGCAGAGGAGCUGAUCCAGAAGGACAAGGCAUAUGUGUGCCAUUGCUCGAGAGAAGAAGUCAACCGCCAACGCGGCGGUCCAGAUAAUCGCGGCCCUCGUUACGGUUGCGAACACCGCACGCGACCAGUUGAAGAAUCGCUUGCCGAGUUCCGAGCCAUGCGCGAUGGCAAAUACAAGGCGGGAGAAGCGUUUCUGCGUAUGAAGCAGAGCCUGACAGAUCCCAAAGAGGGCAAUCCGCAGAUGUGGGACCUGCCUGCGUACCGUGUCCUCGAGAACAACUACCAUCAUAGGACAGGAGACAAGUGGAGGAUUUACCCGACUUACGACUUCACUCACUGCAUUUGCGACGCUCUCGAAGAUAUCACCCAUUCUAUGUGCACAACCGAGUUCCAGCAGUCGAGAGUAUCGUAUGAUUGGCUUUUAGAACAACUGGACAUGAAGAUUCCGGGGUCGGACGAGAAGGGUCCGAUGCAGCGGGAGUAUGGCCGCCUGAAUGUCGGAGGCACGAUCCUUUCGAAACGCCGUAUUCUGAUGCUCGUCGAGGGAACGACUGUCGAAAAGAAGAAAGACAAUGGCACGAUCGAGAAGAAGGCGAUUCCCCCGAGUGUUCGAGGAUGGGAUGACCCCCGUCUCUACACAUUGGUCGCUCUUCGUCGCCGUGGCAUUCCCGCUAAGGCUUUGCUCAACUUCGUCGAGGAGCUGGGUGUUACCGAUGCCCUCACAGAGAUCCAGCCGCCCCGUCUCGAAUCGGCCAUCCGAAAGUACCUCGAACGAACCGUUCCUCGUCAAAUGCUCGUCCUGGAUCCGGUCAAGGUUGUAAUUGAGGGUUUAGCUGCCGAGGAUGAGCAAGAAAUUACCGUGCCUUACGACCCGAAAGGCGCCAUUCCUGGCGAGCGCAAGGUGAAGCUUGGGAAAGAAGUGUACAUCGACCGCUCCGACUUUCGAGAGGAGGAUAGCCCAGAGUACUUCCGACUCGCGCCGAACAAGGUUGUUGGCCUGUAUAAUGUUGCUUUCCCCAUCCGCGCAACUUCCUUCUCGACAGACGAGAAUGGCAAAGUCACCGAGAUCAAGGCGGUCAAGGCAGACGGAGAGAAGCCGAAGACGUACAUCCAGUGGGUCGAUGUCGCUACCGCGAUCCCAGUAACAGCCCGUCAGUACAACUCCCUCUUCAAGUCCGACUCGCCAAAUGCCCUGGACUGGAAGAACGGCGGCUGGGCUGACGAUUUGAAUCCAAACUCGGAGGUGGUGUACGAGCAUGCCGUUAUCGAGCGAGGUCUGAAGGACCUGAUUAAGGCGCACACUCUUAACCCGAGCGGCUCUUCGGACGACCUCAUCCGAUUCCAGGCAUUGCGCACAGCCUACUUCUGCGUGGAUGUAGACUCAACUGCAGAUAAGAUUGUUCUCAACCAGGUCGUUAGUUUGCGAGAGGAUAAGGCGAAAUAGGUUGUUUGAUAAUACAGGCUGAAAGGGAAAGGCUUCGGUGACUCGGCGUUUGAGGGACAUGUUGUGUCCGUGUAGGAACAUUUUCAGAAAUUAGACUCAUAGAUAUCCUAGCAACUGUACAAGCCAUCAAAGUGACGAAACUAAGUCCUUAGUCCGACGGGACAAACCCUG